AUGGAUGAUGAUGCAAUUGAUAGAUUGGUAGCAGAGUCAAUGAGAGAGAUUCAGUCAAAGAUCGAUUCACUGUCAGAGCAAAACCAAUUUCAUAACUCUAUAGCUUUGUGGAGAGAGGAACGUGAUAAAAUGAGAUCUAUAUUCAACCAGUUCUGUCUCUCACCUUCAAAGUCUUUGUUUUUAGCUUGGUGGAGAACAUCGAUUGAGGAUAUUCGUAGAGCAUUAGUAUUAGCAUCGAUCGAAGAAUUGGAGGAGAUACCUGAAUAUUCGAAUCUAUCUGAUUCACUUUGUGUAGAGAUUAAAGAUACAGAAUCACUGAUCAGAGUUACCGGUGAUAGUGAUAAGUUUACAACGUUAUUCAAUCAUCUAGCAAACUCAAGAGAGAAUGAUAGAGGUGUUUUUCAAGGUCAAGAUGAUAUGAUAAAGAUUUACGGUGCUUCUCUAAAAGAUCCACAGAUCGCAAUUGAAUGUUUAUUGGUGAUGAGGAGUUAUUUAUUAUUAAAUUUUGUUGUAAAUAUUAUAUUGGUUUUUGAAACAGAGGCAAAUGAAUAUGUUGAAGUAGAAACAAUAAAUAAUAAUACAACAAAAUGUCACAACAAUAAUAUUAAGUUAUUAUCAGCUUUCAUUUAUCUAUGUUUACCAUCAUCAAUUCCAGCUUUAAUAAAUAUAAAUAUAAUCUUAAUAGUAAAUAUAAUUAUAUUUGGUUGUAAAGUUUACAAAAGUAAUCGUGUGUAUAUGUUUUGA